UCUAAAAAAGAAGUAAAUUCAAACGCUAGACAAGAGAAAUAUGGGGAGCAUCAUCAACUGGCAGUUUCACGGUAGCGAAGGAGCCAAAGAGGCUUCAGCUGCCACGCUAGGCUCUUACACCUCUAGGAUCAUGGCUAUGUGCCACCCAACUCCUGAAAAACCCAUUUUGCCGCCUCUAAGUGAAGCCCCCGAGACUAGCCAUACCGCUGAGAAGGCCGUUGUGAAAGCUGUCCUUAUGGGUAGUGGAAACGCCUAUGCUCCAAGUAUUGGCCUUUCCGAGGCUAAAAGUGCCGUGGCAGAGUGUCUAAGUCGAGAUCUUCCGAACAAAUUGACAGGAGAGGACGUGUUUAUGACCGUUGGAUGCAAACAAGCCAUCGCGCUUGCAGUCUACAUCACGGCUUCACCAAACUCCAACAUCUUGCUCCCGAAGCCAGGCUUUCCAUGGGACAUGGUUCACGCAAUCUACAGGAAUGUUGAGGUUCGUGAAUAUGAAUUUCUCCGCGAAAAGGACUAUGAGAUCGACUUUGACAGCGUCCGUGCAGCUGCGGACAAGAACACGUCUGCGAUACUCAUUAUUAACCCGCACAAUCCUAAUGGGAACACGUACUCUGAAGCUCAUCUUAAGAAGCUGGCUGAGCUGGCUCGGGAGCUCAAGAUACUGGUGAUUGCUGACGAAGUUUUCAGAUGGACUGUGUUUGGGAAUAAUCCUCAUGUUCCCAUGGCGAAAUUCUCGUCGACCGUACCUGUGAUUAGUCUCGGUUCUUUAUCUAAGGGAUGGAGUGUACCCGGAUGGCGAACCGGCUGGAUCGCCCUGCACGAUCUUGAUGGUGUCUUGAAAUCCCACAAGAUCACAACUGCUCUUAAGCAAUUUCUGGCGAUAGACUCUAAACCAGCAACUGUUAUCCAGGCAGCUGUUCCCACCAUCUUGAAAGACACUCCUAAGGCUUUCUUCGAAAGGAGGCAGAGUUUUCUGAGAGAGAAAUCGGACGUUGCAUUUGCUAAGCUCAAAGGCAUACCAGCCCUAACCUGCUACCAUAAAACUGAAGCUUGCACCUUCCUAUGGACGGAGCUGAACUUGUCAAUGUUUGCGAACAUCAAAAGUGAUGAAGAGUUCUGUGAAAAGCUUGCGAGUGAAGAAAACCUCGUCCUUUUACCAGGGAUUGCUUUUGGUCUGCAGAACUGGGCGAGGCAUUCUAUAGACAUGUCCGUUCCGGAAUUGGAGGUUGCAUUUGACAGAUUGAAGAGCUUCUGUGAUCGCCACUCCAAAGCUCCACUCAAAGGCAAAGCUGCCAAUGGUCUCAAGCAAGCAAAGCCUUAAAGGGUCGUCAACAAUAAUAAAUAAAACGGGGUGUUUUAUUGAUCUUGAGAUAGAUCAUGAACACACUCUCGUACUUGUCUCAAGUUAUGCUAUUUGCUGCCUAAGUAUUUCUAGUUAUGCUUUAAUAAUACAUAAAACGGGUGUUUUUAUUGAUCUGAGAUAGAUCAUGAACACUAUCGUACUUGUAUCAAAUUGAAUUGGUGUACUUGUCGUCACCAACCAUGCAUGUAAUGUUUUCUUUUCAAUAUUUCCAUGUAUUUCUACUUUCCGAAAAUUCAAAUAAUAAAGUUCUAG